AUGCUGACUCGGAAAAAGUUUGUGGUCUUCUACGUCACAAUGAGCUUCUUGGCGCUGCUUUUGAUUCUGCACAAUUCCGAUAGAAUAAUCUACUGUGUGAACCCUAAAUUUGAAGUUUUGCAAACUCCUAAACCCAACUUUGAAGUUUUGGAAGCUUCUACGCCCACGCUACUUAUUGAUAAAGCAUGCGAAUGUAUCUCAAGUCGUUCACGGGAGUCUUUCGAUUUCUGCUACAAAAAUCCAAAGAAUGUUUCGCUGGUUGGGAAACGGUUUAAUUGCACUUGGCUGAGCAUUUUGGAGGAUUUGAAACUCGUUGGAUCACAAGAGCAGAUUAUGGUGGAUCUGACGAUUCCUGUUAAAAAUGAUUCAGAUAUUAUGUUUUUAUCUGCCACAUCAAAAAACCACCUGUUUAAUUUCAAUGAAAUGUAUAACAUUGUACAUCGCAAUUGGCCAAAUCAAAACAUAAUUCUUUAUUCUUUGGAUCUUACCGACACUCAAAUACUUGACAUCGAAAAGAGACCUAAUGUCAAAGUACGGAAAUUCGAUUAUUCCAAGUAUCCGAAAUAUGUAGAAAACUGGAUGGAAUAUCGUUUCAAAGCACUGAUUUUGGCAGUGAGUUUUGGUUUGAAAAUGGUAACAGAGUUAGUUUUGAGGAAGCGAUUCGAGAUUAUGCAAAUGUUUGGUGGAUUGAUGCCCAUACAAAAUGGGUUCAUCCGAAUUCAUUGGAUGCCGUUUAUGGAGAUCUGGCAGAAUGCGCCAACGAUGUUAACUGUACGAAGAACUCCUCAAUUCAAACAUUUAUCAAUUCAACGCACAGCAAUUAUGCAGUUCUUACAAAAGGACUUCUUGACUAUUUUCCCACGUUUGACACAGAUGUUCUGAAAACAAACGAAAAAGGCCUUCAAGUAUCUGCAAUGCUGGUGUAUUUGGCUCGAACUCCAUUCACUUUGGAGAUCUUGAAAUGGCAUGCCCUUUGCGCACUAGAAGAAAAGUGUAUGAACCCCCCGACAGCAAAACUGAAGUGCGACAUCAUUCCCACCUGGAAUUCUUAUGCAGGAUGCUUCCGGUACGAUCAGUCAUCAAUCAAUAUUUUGCUGUUCAAUCAGUUUCGAGAUCACAACAGUUACUUUAUGGCAAAGAAUGUUGGUGUAGUUAAUCGGACGUAUUAG